AUGCGAUUUAGAUUUGGCAACUGCAUCUGUAUUUUCUCGGAAUUGCUGAAGCAAAGUGUCAAAUUUGUUUCGUGCUUAGGAGCGGCGGUGAAGAUGAUGGCGUCGCGUAUCAAUUUGGCCACGAGGGGAAUCAACUGUGAGACGGAGUACGGCAGACAUAUGGAGGAUCUUUCGAGGCGUAUAUUUACUGAGCCACCUCGAACAACUCAUUCAAAAAAUCUGAAAGUCGUGCGAGUGAUGUCGGAGGAGCCUUUGGAGCAGCAGCCAUUCAAAGCGCUUGAUUAUUAUCCAAAUCAGCCGAUGUUUCACUAUCUUACGAAGAUGCUGCGAUUUCAUGGACUUUAUUUCGAUGAGCAUGUUGUUUGGCGAGAUAUACAGAAUCGCCUCAAAAUAGCUCGCGGGAAAGCUACUCUAUCCGCCGAUUGGACAAGGCAAAAGAGCUCAGUUACGAGGCGAUGUGAAAUGAAGAUGUUGCCCUUUCGCUAUGUCCGAGCAGUGCAUUUUUUGCGACCUUCGAAAGAAGCAGUUAGUCAAGCACGGAAACUGUUAAAAUUUUGA